ACAGUUAUAACAAAUUGGCGACGGGGUUUUACCUUAAUUCAUCGCAGUUAUAACAAGCAAACGACGACAGUUUUUAUUCUGUUCAGCGCAACUAUAUAACAUUUUUGACUGUGUAAAUUACAACCCAAUUAUAAUGUCUAUCUCUCUGGACGAUCUUCCGGUGACUGCAGUUGAGGUUGCCAGACAUACACUGCGUGAUCCAGUUUUACAGCAAGUAUCAAAGUUCAUCCGAUUUGGCUGGCCUACACAUGUUCAUUCAAAUGUUUUAAAACAGUUUUACCAGCGACGCCAAUCCCUAUCCAUCGUUAAUGGAUGCAUAAUGUUUGCUGAUCGUGUUGUGGUUCCAGCUAAUCUUCGUGACCAUGUGCUUCGGCAGCUUCAUAUAUCACAUCCUGGUGUUGGGAGAAUGAAGGCGAUCGCUCGCAGUUAUGUUUACUGGCCCAACAUCGAUGACCAUAUCGAAGACCUCGUUCGCAAGUGUAGUAAAUGUGCUCAAGCAUCAAAGUGUCCACGCAAGACAGAACUAUGUUCCUGGCCACGACCGGACAAACCAUGGUCCCGUGUUCAUGUUGACUUCGCUGGACCGUUCAAAAGUAUGCAUUUCUUAAUAUGUGUCGACGCGUUUUCCAAAUGGCCAGAGAUAUUUCCUAUGCAUUCUGCCACAUCAAUUGCAACAGUGUCCCACCUCCGUCAACUAUUACUGAACGUUUCGUCGACACCUUUAGGCGUGCUUAAGCAAAAGCGAAGGGGGAGGGAACAACAGAAAAAAUUUUGGAUAAAUUUUUGCUGCAUUAUCGUACGAAUGAAAAAGGACAGUUAUGUGAUCACGCUUUAUCCAGUACCACGCAAAGGUCAACUCGACAAAGAAGAGCUCCGAAACCUUUUCAAAUAGAUCCAAAAAGCAAGUCCUACACUCUUUACGGGGGGAGGUGAUAGGAUCCCACAUAUUUUGGUAUUGACUGCUAAUUUUGUAUAUUAUCAUUCUCACGCAUUUUGGUAGUGACUGCUAAUUUUGUAUAUAUGGUAUAUUAUCAUUCUCACACAUUUUGGUAGUGACUGCUAAUUUUGUAUAUAUGGUAUAUUAUCAUUCCCACACAUUUUGUUACUGACUGUCAAUGUCGCACAUAUGGCAUAUUAUCAUUUCUCACACACUUUGUUAUUGGCUAUUAAGAUAAAUUAUUUCAAAUGCUGUCAGCUGUCCAUAUUGUUGUAAAAUGUAUAAAUACCAUGGCUUUCUUUAUCGUUGUUGCACUUCAAUACACAGUCACAGUCCAGCCUUUGUCUUUUGAUAUUUGCGUGCUUUACCAAGUCGGAAGGUACGACGAGCAGAUAGACAGAUUAGUUCAGGCGCAGACAGAAUAAGGUGAAAACGUCUAUCAUUUAAUUCCCCACAGCUAUAACAAAUUGGCGACGGGGUUUUACCUUAAUUCAGUGCAGUUAUAACAAUGACUCAUCGCUCAUACCCGAAAUAUGGAAAAUACUACUACCAAACAAAUCAAGCGAAAAAUAAUGGAACUAUAUAAAUGAAGUUAGGAAGUUGUGUGAGUAGUGCCUUCAUAUGAUUAUGAGUGGCAAUAAAUUG